UAGGGAGGGCAGCAAGAGUUCUGACAUUUCCACAGGGAGGAGUGAGUGCACGAGUGCACAGUGGGUACAUAUGUGUCUGGUACUUGGCGAAGUCUACAGAGGAGCAAAACUCCUACUCUUGUGAUACUUCAACAUGUUGGUUGUCAACAGCUUUACUGGAUCAGAUCCAGCUUUCUCUGGCAGCUAAAAUCUUUAGGAAAAGAAGUUAUGCCAAAGCUAAAAGGGAAAACAAAAACAAAACCCAAUUCAGAUAUCUACAUUCUCGAAAAGUUUCUGCAAACAUAUGAAAAGCAUUGUACGGGAUCCCAAAGUUGUGUCAGUCCAACUAUCAAACAGGGCUUACAGAAAUGUAUAGCAAACGAGAUGUUAAUUAUGAAGUUUGUGCUUACAAAUGUGGGGACUUCAUCAGGAAACUUGCAUCCAGUUUCUCUUACUCCUUUGCUAAGGACUAUUCGAGAUGAACGUUAUCGGCUGGGGAAAGAGCUCUGUAUCAGGGGAGUUCAGUUAAAUCCUCAAGACAUUGCAAAUCUUGCAAUCUUACUAGAGCUGGAUGGACGUACCAUCUAUCCAUUUUCUAAAUUAGAAAUAACUCAUUAUGUGUUAGACCUUUGGUCAAUGGAAAGACUUGGAGUAGCUUUGCCUUACAGCAAUUUGAGUUCUCUUGUUCUGGAUUAUUCCAAAUGUGGAGAUAAUGGCGUCCAUAAACUAACCUCUGGAUUAGAUGGGAAUAGAAAGCUCUUAACUCUAAGUCUCUGCUACUGUGAUCUAGGACCUGUAAGUGGGUCAAUACUGGCAACCAUUGUAACCCAAACUGCCAUUUGCAAUCUGUUCCUUAAUGGUAACAACUUGCAAUGUCUGGGUGCUACAGAACUCGUCAAACAAAUAGUAGACUACGCAGAAAGCCUUGGACAAGAAAAGAAAGCAAAUGCCUUUAUGUACAGCAAUGAUACUGCUCAACAAAUUCUAGCAGCAAACAAAAAUGCAGAAAUGGAUUCAAAUGCUGCUUCCAAAAUGGAUGACUCUACAUCAUUGCAAAGCACUACGAUGGGGAAGAAAAGAAAAGGAUUAAAGAAAAAAAGUAAGAAACCUGACCCUGGCCCCUGGUUAGCUAAACUGCAUUUGGCUGAUAAUGCCAUAGAUGGAAGAUUUAACGAAACAGAACAAAGGAUCUGGGAGUUCAUCCACCAUUUGACACGUCUAAUCAAGAAUUCAGACCACCUAGUGGAAAUCGAUAUCAAUGGCAAUGCUAUAGGAGAGCAGUGUGCAGCCAAGAUACUGGACGCUCUUAUUGAUCGAAAGAAAGAAGAAAUGCCACGCUUAAAAAUUACGGUAACUCCCCAGAUUUCAUCAGUGACCUUCACGGCAAUUUUCAAGAGCGGCUCAAAAAUCAGUCCAACUAAAAAAAGAAAGAAAAAGAAGGAUCCAAGGACAUGCAUGACCAAGGAUUGCACAUUUCCCUCCAGGCUGAAAAGUCCAUUCCAGGAGUUGGGGGAUGCACAGAAGUGGUGGCGAGAGCUAGUGAAUGACCUGAUUCAAUCAGUCCUCCCCAUUCCCUUUGAAAAUAUUAUUGAUUAUAUCAAUUUGACUAGGGCUGCACAUUGUAACACCAGCUCCUGGACUCAACAUUUAGUUGAAAGAAAUGCCGGGGCAGUGACAGAGAAAGCCCAGUCCUAGGUUGCCACCAAACAAGCCGGUGGCAACCAUAACCGGAUCUCUCCAGAAGAUCUUAACAGGCGGCAGGGUUCAUGACAAAGGAGGCGCUCUCUUAAAUACCCUGGACCCAAGCUGUUAAGAGCUUUAUAGGUAAUAACCAGCACUUCGUAUUUCACCCGCAAACAUAGCAGCAGCCAGUGCAGUUCCCUUAAAACCAGUGUUAUGUGGUCCCUUUGAGUUGUCCCGGAGACCAAUCUGGCUGCCGCAUUCUGUAGCAAUGGUAGUUUCUGGACUACAUACAAAGGCAGCCCCAUGUAAAGUACAUUACAGUAGUGAAACCUGAAGGUUACCAGCAUAUGCACCACUUUUUAAAGGUCAUUUACCUCUAGAAAUGGACAUAGCUGUCAUAUCACCCAAAGCUGAUAAAAAGCACUCCUAGCCUCACCUCAACCUGAGAAACCAGGGAGAGUUUGGGUCCAGGAGCACUCCCAAGCUAUGUACCUGAUCUUUCAGAGGGAGUGUAACCCCAUCCAGAACAGGCAGAUCUAAACCAUCUCUCGGGUCCCGACCCCCCACAGUCAGUACUUCCAUCUUAUUUGCAUUCAACCAUUUGUAAUCCCUCAUCCAGCCCAUGACUGUCUCCAGGCAGGCAUUUAGGGAAGUUAUGACAUUUUCUGAUGAAGUUGAUAUGGAGAAAUAGAGCCCGGUGUCAUCAGCAUAUUGAUAACACCCUGUACCAAACCAUCUAAUGAUCUCUCCCAGUGGUUUCAUGUAGAUGUUAAAGAGCGUUGGGCAAAGUAUGGGGCCUUGUGGAACUCCAUACUCUACCUCGCUUUGCAGAGCAACAGUCUCUAAAUGACACCAUUUGGAAUCUACCAGAGAGGGAGGAAUGGAGCCACUGUAAAACAGUGCCACCCAAUCCCACCUCCCUCGAGAGACCCAGAAGAAUAGCAUGGCCAAUUGUAUUGAAAGCCACCAAGAGAUCCAAAAGGACCAGCAGAGUCACACUCCCUCUGUCAACAGCCAAUUGGAGAUCAUCCAUCAGGCUGACCAAGGCAGUCUCAAUCCCAUAGCCUACAUGACAGACAGUUUGAAAUGGGUCUAGAUAACCUGUUUCCUCCAAGACUGCCUGGAGCCGAGCGGCCAGCUGCUCCAUCACCUUGCCCAACCAGGGAAAAUUAUAAACAGAACUGUAAUUAGCCAGCUCCAAGGGAUCCAAUGUGGGUUUCUUCAAAUAAGGUCUAAUAAUAGCCUCCUUAGGACAAAGAGUCAUACUGCCCUCCCUCAGGGAAGCAUUUAUAAUAUAUACCAGACCCUCUAUGAUAAUACAAUUACCAGAUGAAAUCAGCCAAGUUGAGCAAGGGUCAAGAUAACAGGUUGUAGGAUGUACUGUCUGAAGCAGUUUGACCACAUCCUCAGGAGUCACAAACUGAAAGUGAUCCAAUCUAAUCCUAUAAGAGGAGUUACUGGACACCUCUACAAUAAACUCUGCAGUAACUGUGGAAACCAGUUCAGCCCAAAUAUGAGAUUUUAUCCGCAAAAAAGAUGUCACAGUGAGUGACUGAUUGUUCAAGUUCUAAUUCAAGGAGAAGGGGGCAUAAGGUAGCCCCCUCACAAC